CAGCUUUGGAGUAGAAGGAGGUGCAUCCUGGGAGAAAACUAAACGUUCUGGAGAAGGGAGAGAGGAAAAAAAAUCAGAAAGUCAGGUUGCCUGGAUAUCCAGACCUUCGCCACUUCUCACUGCCGGAUUUUUUAGUGCAUCCAUCGGCCUGCCGCUCGCCCUCACACAGCACAGCACUGCAGCGAGAGGCCCGCAACUCUCAACGGCCGCCCCACUAGCGCGAGCACCUCAACUCCCAACGGCCGCCCCGCUGGCGCGAGGCAUGUGACGACCAACCCAGCCCCCACGAGCGCGGCGCACUCGGGGUAAAAAAAAACCAUGGACAGGAAUUACCCGGCCCCCAACUUCAGCGACCCGCUGGCGCCCGGCGGACAAACGUGGCCGUACGAGCGGGCGGGCAGUGGCGUCAAGUCCAGUUUGAGCUAUGGAGCCGCACAUCCAGAAACUGACCUCCUUCAUAGACCAGCUUAUGCAGCAUCUCACCAAUUGCCUGGCUACACCACUACACAUCACCCCACAGGGCUGUCCAGUUUAUUUGAUGCAACCAUGCAACAUUCUGGCAGUAGUGCAUCUGAAACCUCAGUUAUGAACUUCCUUUCAGCUAUUGAAUCACGCACCCCGCCAGCUGGACCUGCUACAGCCUCCCUGCUACCCCAGUUCAGAGCUCCUUCAUGGCAGACAGGUAUGCACUCUUCAACACCUUCAGAGCUGUUCGUCACUGGAGCACUACAAGCUUCUGGAACAUUCCCACCAUCAGCUCUUGCAGCGUAUCAGCAUCCUUCUUCCUUUAGUAGUCGAAGUUUUACUGGUGCACAGCCCUUGACACUACAAGAUGCACCUUUCAGUCCUACGACAAAUGGACUUCUAUCUCCUCAUGAUCCCUUGCUUCAAAUCAAGUCUUCUCAAGCCGUUGUUCCUUCCGCAUUGACUUUUGACAGAAUUGGUAGUACUGUUUUAAGUACAAGCAUACCCCCAUCUUCAACAUACCGCUCUGCUCAAGAAUCUGCUCCUCAUCACCUACAACCGCAAUUUAGUUUGUUGUCUUCAGCACUUGGACCAACACAACAAGCUUCUCAAGCAUAUGGCACAUCAGUUUUUUCUAGUUCAACUGCCUCCAUUGAAAGGGCACUUCAAAGAGAAUGUAGCGUUAUUAAGCAUCACCAGCGGCCUUCCAGCUCUCAUUCAGUACAGGUGCAAUUACCAAGUUCUCACCAUUCCUUACAAGGCUAUCUUACUAGUGGGAAUGAAGUUGAUUUUCAGGGAACUUCACGGCAUGCAGGUUUGACAUGUAGUCCACUUGGAGACCAGUCUCAGGUGAGCAAUGGUGGAACACAGCAGAAGAACUCUGCAGUAACGGUUGAACAGUCACAGAACUAUUCGUCCACUGUUCAGUCUCUUGAUUAUUCUUCAAAGACUAAAACCUGUUCAUCAAGAUCGGCUCAGCGUUCUACGAAAAGUGCAAAAUCUCAAAGUGCAACAGCUACCGGGCAAACACAGAGUUACUCCGCACCUACACAAAAGCAAAGUUCAGUAAUAUCAAGCCAGUCACAAGUGUACUCUUCAGGACAAGCGUCCAAUCUAAUAAUGUCAAUUAGUCAGUCCCAGAACUAUACUUCAACACAGUCUCAGAGCCUGCCAGCUGUCAGUCACUCAGAGGUGUAUUCUUCCAGUCAGUCUGAGAAGCUCUCUACUUUAAGCAAGUCGCCAGCUUCUUAUUCUAGCCAGUCACAAAACCUAACAUCUGUUAGUCAAGCACUCAGUUACUCUUCUGACCAGCCACAGGUAUUGCCUUCAGUUAGCCUCACUGAUAACUAUUCUGGUCAACCACAAAAUUUGUCUUCUAUUAGCCAGGCACACAACUAUCCUUCUGGUCAUUCUCAGGGUUUACCUGCUGUGAGUCAAUCACAAAGCAGCUAUUCUGCACAGUCACAGGGCUUAUCCACUGUUAGUCUUUCGCAAAAUUAUACUUCUGGACAAUCUCUCGCUUUGACAUCACAAACCCAAUCAUUACCGUUUUCUUCAUCUACUCGAGCUCAGAAUUUAUCUUCUUCAAGUCCUACUCAGAACUUUAUCUCUAUGCAUUCUUCGCCAACCAGUCAACCACAAAGUGUUCAUUCACCCCAGUCUCAGAAGUUCUUGUCAGGAGUACAUUCACCUACUUACACUUCAUCGUCUCAUUCACAGACCAUGAAGAGCACUCAAUCAUCCACAGACAGAAAGCAGUCUUACAUUAAGAGGAAGUCUGAUUCAGAAUUGUUUGUCCCAUCUAAGGAAGGUGAUGAAAGUUUCCCUAUUCAAGAUUUGUUACAGCAGCAGCCUUCUCUUGAGGCAUCUAGUCCAGGUUUAACAGAAAGUGGAAUUGGUGAGGAGAAUGCUGUUUAUGCUGUCUCAAAAGCAGAUGACCGAUAUCUAUCUCAGAGUGUCAUCAGAAGUAAUUCUCGCCUAGAAGACCAAGUUGUUGGUCUCACUCUUCAGGGAUCAAAGACAGAUGAAAGAAAGCAUGAACACUUAAAGCAAUUUAAUGUGACCCAACCCAUUGAAGCAAUGGUAACUCAUCAUGGUCAGUCAGUUGGCAGUAACAACAAUAUGAAAACACAUGACAUGAAAAAGAUAGCUAAUUCAGCACAGUCGUCGCAUAUUAUUAUGAGUUCUGAAGAAUUGAAGCAGCCUCAUUCUCUUUUACAUAAAGCACAAGAGGCUGGACCACAAGCUCAUCAAGCACAAGUAAUUAAUUCUUCUCAACAUUUGCAAACACACACUGUAUGUCAGACUCCACGGUUACAGCUUUCUGGUGCACAGGUACUCCUAGAUACGUCACGUGAAAUGCCAUUGUCUUUAAUACAGCCAUCAGGAGCACAGCAACCCCAGUUACUACAGUCAGGCCUAGGUCAAUCCCAAGCAUCAGUACAGUCACAGCAAAUACAGGCUCAGUCUCGGGCAUCACAUCAUCAAUCGCAGUUUCUUCAACUUGAGAGACAUAUUGCCCAAGCCAGUACACCACAAUCUCAACAGCUCCUCCAACAGAACUCUGAAGCAAUGAAGCUAAAUGGUACUGAACCUUCAAAACCACUACAGUUAACAACAAAAGAUCAUUUUGACCCAUCACACAGACAAGGUUCAAAAUCUCAGUUUGUUGGCCUUAGUUCUGUUUGUUUUUCAGAAUCUAUGUUGCUUGGUGUUGAGAGAAAUCUCUUCUCUGGUGUUGAAGAUGUGUUUUCUGCCAAUGAAGAAUUUGCUAAGUCUGCUUGCAAUGAAUCCAGCAUUCAGUCAGUCGAAUGUGCUGAUGGUUCAAAAUCUACAUUUCAGGCUGCAACUGUAAGGCAUGUUUCACCAAAUUUUCACACUUCACAAACUAUACUGCCAGACCAACAGAAUUUGCAUAAUUUGACAUUAAGCAAUAGUCAAAUUAAUUUGGAUCUAGAGGCAGUACCAUUAGAUAGUUCAGCUCAGUCUAAAACUUCAAGCCUUGAUCAACAAACCCUUGGAACUUCAGACCAGCACAUACAGGCUAGGCUUUCUGCAACAAGUAUGAAUUCUAUUCCAGAUUCCAGUGAUCAGAAUAUUGAAGGUCAUAAGAAACAAUUAGGUGCUAAUCCAGAAUCUGAAGAAGAGGAUAAUGAUGACAUUCCUGAUGAUGGUGCCAUAAAUAAUGCUAAGGAUCCAGACUUCAUUCCUAGUGGUAGAAGUAACACAGAUGAAAGUGCUGUGUCAGAUAUUGAUUACAGUGUGGGUGAUGAAGUUACGCAAGGAUCUGGUAACAAACGAAAAUUAAAGAGACCAGCAAAGCCUAAAUUGAAAGUGGGAGUACAAGUAGAUGGAUGGUCUCACAGUUUGCCUGAAGGAGGGAAUCUAGAUUUGGCUCUAGAUGGAAAUCAGAAGAAACAAAGAACAAAAGUACGAUCAAAAGAAACUUUAGAUGAUGAACUUUGUAGCCAGAAACCAGUAAAACGAAGUGGGCUAUGUAAACGCCUGAAUUCCAAAGAUGCAAACUCACCUCAUACAUCAAAUGAUAGUUACUAUGAAUGUUACUACCAGCAAGAAAGGAUAAAUCAAAAGAUUAGAGAAGUUGAGGAAAAGCAACCAGAAGUGAAAAGUGGUUUCAUUGCUUCCUUUUUAGACUUUCUUAAAUCGGGACCUAAGCAGCAGUUUCCUGCACCUUCUAUACGCAUGGCACAUCGCAAUCGACGUCCAUCUGCCAAUACCAUUCAUACUCCCCUUCUGCAAGUUUCCACACACCAGUCAAUGCCAACUGCCUUAAUAUCUACUGAAAGUAAUUCUGCUAGUCCUUGCAAAAAGAUAGAUGCGGACCUGAAGAAAAACUUGGAAACGUUACCUGCAUUUUCCUCAGAUGAGGAAGAUUCUGUUGGGAGGAACCAGGAUCUUCAGAAGAGUAUUUCCUCAGCACUUUCUGUUUUGGAUGAUCCUUCUAAUAAAAAAGAAAAAUUGAACACAAACGAGUUCAUCACUAAUGGAGAGAAGGAUUCCAACCCUUCUAUUUCUGCUGUUAUACAGCAGGAAAAUGUUGCAAAUCCUUCUUCCCCUUUAAAAGAGGAAGUACAGGAGCCAACUGUAGCUGUAGAAUCUCCCAAGCCAAAUGAUCAAGAUGACCUGAAUCCUACAGAACGAGCUGCCAAACAAGAAUUACUUGCUGUAGAAGGUUCAACAGAUGAAGAUGAUAUAGAAAGUGGAGGAGAGGGCAUGUACAGGGAGCGAGAUGAAUUUGUUGUAAAGAUAGAGGACAUUAAUGCCCUUAAGGUGGCCUUACAAACAGGUAGAGAACCUCCUGCUAUAUGGAAGGUACAGAAAGCUUUGUUGCAAAAAUUUAUGCCUGAAGUAAAAGAUGGACGGAGACAAUUCUCUGCAACCAAUAGCUAUCUUGGAUACUUUGGAGAUGCAAAAACCAAAUAUAAACGGGUCUACGUGAAAUUUAUUGAAAACGUAAACAAGAAGGAUUAUGUUAGAGUUUGUUCCAAAAAGCCACAAAACAGGCCAUUGCAAACUUUAAGACAUAACCAGUCAAGAAUGGGUUCUAGUAAUAAAGUGUCUGUCAGCAAUUCUACAGCAUCGAAAGGCUCAACAGCAAAAUCUAAAGCUAAGCCAGUCAAACAAAUAAAGGUAAAGGCUGAACCACCACCGAAAAAACGAAAGAAAUGGCUGAAGGAGGAGUAUUCAUCUCAUUCAGACUCUUCUCUUGAAACUCGGAGUGAUGAUGAAGAUGAUAGUCGAUCCCUUUUGAAAGUCAGUACACAGGGAAGAGUGAACAAAAUCCUUCAACAAAAAUCAGAACGCCCUUUAACAACACCAUAUGUAGCUCGCUUCCUGAAUACCAGAACAAUGAAAGAGACAUUUAAAAACUAUGUGGAACUACUCGUGAGUACAGCCUUGGAUCCAGACAUGAUUGAAGCGUCAGAACAAAGUAAUGACGAAAUGUAUUUGCCACACAUGAGGAAAAUUGAUAGCAUGCUGAAUGAGAACAAAAGAAGAAUGAUUUCCAAGUUCCCACUGGAACCAGCACUCAAAACUUCAAUGGAGAAUUUUCCUGAACUGACUACAUGUGUCUCAGGAGCAAAAAGCAGCAAUCCAAAUGUGCCCAAAAUUAAAUUGAGUGGUAAAAGUUACAACAAAAAGACUCUCCAGCCAUUAAAACAAAAUGCCAAGGGCCAAAAGGAAUUCACUGUUGAUCAAGAAAAAUUACAGUGCUGUACUUUAUAUCACACACUUCAUCACUAUAAGUAUCACACCUACCUGGUAUGCAAGAAAGAGGCUGCUUCCAUUCUAAAACUGAAUAAAGAUCUUGGCCAAGUUGAAACAAUCCAGCAAUGUAUGGAAAACGAGAAAUGGGUGGAAGACCUCUUUGAAAAAUUUGGUGAUCUUCUGACACAAGCACAGCAGAAGUGUUUAUAAUGUACAUUAUGAGAUUUUACUACAGUCGUAUCUGUGGCAUUAACAUAAUAUCAUGGAGACAUUGAAAUGAACUUUGGCAUCCCCAGUGGUGCUAGGCUAGGCUCAGCUCUGAAUAGUGGCAAUAGUGGCCUGGACUAUAUGGACCUUGUAUGUCGACCUAUAGCUACAUGGACAUGGUUGUCAAGAAAAUACAUUUUGGCAUUGGGAGUUUAUUAAUUAUUGUGUCUAACCACAUUUUUAUGAUGGCCAACGUUUUUGGUUUAUUUGUAUUCUGUGAUCUUGAGGUAUUGAGUAACAUCUAUUUCAAAAAAUGAAACAAUUUUUAAUAAAACUUUUGUGACCGAUCAAAGUGGCAAGGCAUGCACUAAGUAUAUUAUAAUUUUCUUUACUACCGUAGUUUAAACACUUUAGGAAACUGUUUAGUUCAGCAAGAAAUGCUUUAAAUUGAUUACCUGCCUCUUACUGACCUACAAGACAAUACAGAGGCAACCAUAUAUCUUUCUAAUGUCUGCCUACCAAAUUUCCACACGUGUCGUAAAGAAAGUUGGUGUGUAUUGACAUUCUUUAAAGUUACCAUCAGCAAAUAGGUAAUUUUUGUUGCUUUACAGACUCCUUUUAUGUUCAGAAAUAGCAAGUUCAGGAGACUGAACAUGGAGUUGGUGCAAUUCAAUAACUUUGUGUCAGUUCUGGUGAUGAAAACGUGAUGAACACAUCUAUUUUCCCUGUUUUGAAGAAAAAAUUAUUUUGCCUUUAUACCCAUAUUUCUUUAAAAUAAAUUGUACAUUUUAUCUCAUCAAUAAUUGUAUUUUUCAGAGAAAAUAUUGUGGUUUGAAUUAAGUUCAUUUAUCUUUGUAAUACACUUUGAAUUGUUUUCAGCAAAUUUUCAUUUAUAUGUUGAUCACAUUGUAUACUUUAUAUACUGAGGUAAACUACUAUUUCUGUUUUCCUGUUAAUACAAGAUUGCUUCAGUGUGUACCAGAUAUGCAUAUUGGACUAGUUUUGCCUUUUAAGUGUAGCUGUGUUACACAUUGCAAUUAUUUUCUGAUACAUGAAAAUAAAUUUCAUACUAAACCUAA